GAUGAAAUAUGUUUGCAACAUGUGAGUUGUGAGAAUACGAAAACAUUCGUCUGUGGUGCAAUCUUGUGGUGGAAUUUGGUAGUGAUUGCAGAACAGAACCUGAGAUAAAACAAAUAUGUCGUGGUAUGAGUAUCUUGUAUCAUGUUUCUGGCAGAGUCAAUUCACUGUCUACAUAAUUACAGCAUUGAUCGCUACUCUAGUCAGUUUACUGAUCAAUAGAAGACAGAAAUCCAAAGACCUACAGAGUACAGAUAGAAUUAUUCAAAAAUCAAGUGUCCCAGAUAAUAAUGUAAAGAAAGGUUUGAAGAUAUUUUAUGCAUCUCAGACAGGGACAGCUAAGAGUUUCUCAGAAAAAUUGAGCAACGAUGUCAGUACAUUUGGGGUGAGGUCAGAGGUAAUUGACCUGAGUCAAUAUGAACCCGAAGAUAAUCUGGUUGAAGAAACAGAUGGACAGAAUGCGUGUGUAUUCAUUGUUGCGUCGUACAUAGACGGCAAACCCCCAGAUAAGUGUGACUGGUUCUUUAAAUGGAUGGAAGAAGCCAGCAAUGAUUUCAGAGUACAGAAGACAAUGUUGAAAGGAUUAAAAUAUACAGUCUUUGGUUUAGGAAACUCACUCUAUAAAGAAAACUAUAACAAGGUUGGUGUAAAUCUGGAUAAAUGGCUGCAUACACUAAGUGGUGAUAGGAUUAUGUCGUGUGGUGAAGGCAACGACAAUGUAGCUGACAGUAAACAUGGAGGAGUUGAAGAAGACUUCAAAGCUUGGAAGGAGAUGUUCCUCCAAAAAAUGCUGCCAUUCUUGCAAGGAACACCAGGUUGUCAAGAUGAUGAUGAUUGCCAUUGUCACGGUGAUGUGAAUAAAGAGGCAACAUAUGAAACAUCCAGUGAUGAAGGUGAAGAUUUGGAUAAUGAUGGAGAAGAGAGACUGAGGAAAACUGAUGGGGUGGUGGAUGUAGAGGAUCUUGGUGCAAUGAUGGGACAGAUGGAAUUAUCAACGGUUGAUACAGAAAUGGAAAAUGGCGUUGUCAUGGUGAACGGUGGUGUAGCAAGAAAAGCAAAAAACAAAAAAAUAGAGGCCAAAGAAAUGAUGACACCAUUGCUGAGACAAUCACUGACUAAACAAGGUUACAAACUUAUUGGCAGCCAUUCAGGGGUGAAGCUUUGCCGAUGGACUAAGAGUAUGCUAAGAGGGCGAGGUGGUUGUUAUAAACAUACAUUUUAUGGUAUCGAGAGUCACCGGUGCAUGGAGACAACACCAAGUCUAGCAUGUGCUAACAAAUGUGUGUUCUGUUGGAGACAUCACACUAAUCCUGUUGGUACUGAAUGGAAAUGGAAGAUGGACGAUGCGCAAACUAUUCUGGAUGGGGCCAUGAAGAAUCAUUACCAACUCAUCAAACAGUUCAGAGGUGUGCCAGGAGUACAGUUAGAGCGAUUCCAAGAAGCUAUGCGGGUGAAACACUGUGCCUUGUCAUUGGUCGGAGAGCCAAUAAUGUACCCAGAAAUCAAUAAAUUUGUGAAAUUACUACAUAGACAUGAGAUCUCAACUUUCCUUGUCACUAAUGCACAGUUUCCUGAUGCUAUCAAAGAUCUGGUGCCCGUCACUCAGCUGUAUGUUAGUGUUGAUGCCAGUACCAAGGAAAGCCUCAAGAAGAUUGAUAGACCUCUAUUUAGAGACUUCUGGCCAAGAUUUAUUGAGAGCCUCAAAGCACUUUCAGAAAAGGGUCAGAGGACUGUUUACCGACUAACUCUUGUUAAAUCAUGGAACGUGGAGGAGAUACAGGCAUAUGCUGAUCUAGUACAGAUUGGAAGACCAGACUUUAUUGAAAUAAAGGGUGUUACUUAUUGUGGAGAGUCAAAAGCGAGCAGUCUGACUAUGGAAAAUAUUCCAUGGCACAGAGAAGUGGUGUCGUUUGUACAAAAACUGACAGAUCAGCUACCUGGCUAUGAUAUAGCGUGUGAACAUGAACAUUCUAACUGUGUACUGAUAGCCAAUAAAAAGUUCAAAGUAGAUGGUGAAUGGUGGACAUGGAUUGACUAUGAUAAAUUCCAUGAGUUAAUCAAAACGUUUGAAAAUAGUGACGGUGCUGCAACAUUCACUGCGGAGGAUUACAUGGCGAAAACACCAAAUUGGGCAGUUUUCGGUUGUGAUGAACGUGGAUUAGAUCCUGUAGAAACAAGAUUCCAUAGGAAAAAGAAAAAGGAUAUUUCAGGAUGCUGAGAACUUUCUAGCUAUGUUGAACAUUGCCAUGGAAACGGCAAACUACUAGCUGUGUUGAACAUUGAGGAUUGGCAAAAGUCAGAAAAGAAUGAAUCAUUAACUUCUUGUAGGCCAAACAGAUUGUGUCACUAAUCUGUUGAACCAAGAGCAUUUUGGCUGCAGACUUUACCAGCUCUUACACUUUAACAUCAUUGCUCCGACCCGGUACAUCACAUAGAAUUCAGUGGCCAAUACAUUAUUCCAAGAAUGUAUUUCACCCAAAAUUUGAGAACACAGCAAAGUCAGUCAGGAUACUUUUUAUUUCUGCAAAAAAAGGCAAUUGCUGAAUUCAGACAGCAUGGCAUGGCUUUUGGAAAAGUUUGGAUUUUAUAAUUUUAUCUGUAACUGAUCUUGUUUCAGUUGACUGUUGCAUUAUGGUCAGUGUGUUGAAGAAAACAAUGCCAUGCGGUAAAAGAUACUUUUAUUCUUUUGUAAUGGAUUCAAACAAAACUAAGUUUUAGGGGACUGUUAACAAACAAGGUUAUUAAAUA